AUGAGGAAGGCGGCCGCGGCGCUGACCUCGGCAGCACACGCGCGGUCCGCGAGCGAGCUGUGCCACCUGGCGCUCGCGCGCCUCCACGGCACCGUCCCCGCGCUCAGGGCGUGGUGCGGCGCCAGCAGAGCCUCCUCCUCUGGCCAUGGCCUCGCGCUCCUGGACGCCGUCCUGGCCGCGUUCGGCGACCUGCUGGCCACGCCGCGGGCCACGGCGGCCCUCAACGAGGCCGCCGACGACGACGACCAAGUCCUCGACGGCCUCCUCGUACUCGUGGACCCAUACGGCACGUUCGAGUCGGCGCUGCUCGGGGCGAAGCAGAGCGUGGCGGACACGCAGGCCAGCGCCUGA